AAUUCAGCCGUGGACGCAUCUGAGCGCAGUUGAUCUCUGUGACAAGAUCUCGAAACUUUAGCUGAUCUCUCAGAUAUGCAAGAUGAGAGGAUACUUACUUGGAAUACUUGUGGUCCCACUUUUGAAACAUUGCAUUUGCAGUGAUGUGGUGAACUUUAAUGGAGACAUCAAGGACUUUGUAGUUGGUAAAAGUAAGUUGUUCGUUCUUACUGACCAUCGACUACAUCAGAUGAGACUCGAUCUAUCUGAGGAGAAGAGGAAGGACAUCACUAAUGCCACUCAUCAAAAUAGAGUCAACAUUCUAGUGCCUUUUGACGACAACGACACCCUGAUAACCUGUGGGACCUUUAGAGAUGGAUAUUGCGAAGUUCUUGAUAUAAAUGACAUUACAAAGAGUAUUUACGAUGAAAGUCCUAUAUCGGUAGGACCGGAACAGAAUGAGAAAUCGGUUGGGUUCAUAGCAGGUCCAAGUACCGGUAGGUUCCUUUUGGUUGGGAAAAAGGACGAACCAACAAAACCUGGAGAUCCGUAUCCUGUUGUUAAAUUGUGGAACACUUUACAGUCUCAAUUUGGUGGGAUUUUCACCAACAUAGAAGUAGCAUCAACCCCCUUCAUCCAGAGCACCGCUAGAGAUGUGGAGUUUGUUGACGGAUUCCAGAGAGUUUCAUCGUCAGACUCGUACUUAUUUCUCAACGCAAAGACUGUCUCGGAGAGGAAAGUGCACGUCCUGUGGAUGAACAGCAAUAAAACAAAAAAGACAGAGAUCUUCAAAUCCCUACAGUCUGCAACGAUAGAGUGCUGCAAUGAUAAAGCUCGUCCAGUUCUCGUCGCCUCCACCGUUAUUCCCUCAGGGAACGGUGUUAUUUGGGCAGGUGUGUUCAGUGCGCAGGAUCAGCAGGAUCCGGAGAACACCGCGCUGGCUCUGUACGACAUCAGUAGAGUUCAAGGCCGAGUGAAGGGUUUCUGCACUACUGGUGAAAAAUGUGAUUCUGAGAGUGGUAGUAACCUUCAGCCGCUCUCUGUGGUGUUCAAGUACAGCUCAAUGUCAUCAGUGGCAGCAGAUAGAAGUGGAUCCUGGAUUGUGUUGUUCAUAGGAACCAGUGAUGGACAACUGAUAAAGCUGGUUUUGGAUGAGAAAUUCACACCAGGCUGUCCAAUAGUGCUGUACCAAUCUGAUGAUGAACGAGCAGUGCUUCCCAGAAUGCACUUUGAUCCAGUAGAUUUCAAACAUAUCUACAUCGCUCUGAGGAAAGAGCUCAGAAGAGUGUCUGUGGUUCAGUGUGCUAAAUACAGCUCUCUGGAAGACUGCAGAGCUGCUCUGGAUCCUCUUUGUGGCUGGUGUUUAAACACACAGAGAUGUUCUACUCAAGAUGAAUGCUCAAAUACUUCAUGGGUGUCCAUCCCAAAAAACUCUCUUAAGACACAGCUGCUUUCUUUUCAAAUGACAGAGAACUCUUCUAGAAAGGUUACGCUACAUCUUGGCUUGAGUCUGGAGAGCACAGGAAAUCCCGCCUUCUCAUGUUCCUUCACCACAGGAAGUGUGAAUGUGUGUGACGGGUCUGAUCUGACUGCAGUUUUCCCAAACUGCUCCUGUAGUUUUUCAGACCACAUACUUUAUACUGGAGUUUCAGAAGUUUCUGCUACUGUUGCCAUUAAGGAUGAGAAGAUCACAGAGACACUGACACUGAGGAACUGCUCCAGUAUCACAGAUAACACAAAUGCUUCUUAUACACAGUGUGUGCAGUGUGUCUCAUCUGGGUGUCAGUGGUCCUCUUCCUCUCAGCGUUGUGAUUGGACACAUGGACCUGGACCGCAGUUACUCAUACAGGAUGCGUGUAAAGAUCUACUCUCUGAGAUUAAAUACAGAAAGCCAGAGAUUCUCUCUCUGGAGCACAGCCAUGUGUCUUUCCAUGGCAGAAACAACGUAUCAUUAAAAGGAAGGAACCUGGAAUCUGUCACUCAAAUCCAUAUUCAAGGGGAUCUGGACUGUAUUCCUAAAGAAUCUCCAGUGUUUGAUCGCUCCAGUGACACUUUAAGGUUCAACAUUCCUCCCAGUGGAACUAAAGGAACAGUGAAAGUGUGUGUUGUUACUCCUGACGACCGUUGUCAUGGUAACAGUAUCAUCACUUACAGUUCUCAGCCCAGCUGCACAGGAAUACAGCCCACAGUCUCCUGGAGGAGUGGUGGAAGGAAGAUUCAUGUUCAAGGGAGCAAUAUGGAAUUAGUGGAAUCAGUUAUUUUCCAAAAUCCGGUGUUCCAAACACACUACAACCGAAGCGCAGGGGACAUGUGGUUUCACUCACCAAAAAGUUAUAACAGAUAUUCAUUUAAGUUGAAAGUUGGAAACUCCACUGUGGACUGUGGGCAUUUGUCCUACGAGCCUGAUCCAGAAUUCACUGGAUUCACCACCUUACAGGUGGCCGACUACCUACAGGUGAACAUUCAGAAAAAGGCAGAUGCAUUGAACUUGAGUAUGAGCGAGGUGAAUGUGACGGGUCUACGGGGAGAUCAGCAGUAUCAGUGUGUUUUGGAGAAGAUUGAGUCCAAUGCCGUCAUCUGUAAGAUUAAAGGAGAAUCACCAGCCGUCACAUCAGUGGACUCACUCAUUAUAAAUGUUGGGAAUUUUACUAAAACCCUUGAGUCUCCAAGUCCUAUAAAGUACUUAUACAUCCUUGGCGCAUUGAUUCUGCUCAUAAUUCUAAUUGCUGUUGUUGGAGCCAUUGUUCACCGUAAGAGCCAGAGACAAAUGAAUGAGAAAAUGAACAAACAACUGGAAAUGCUAGAAAGCAACAUCAGAAGGGAUAUACGACAAGGCUUUGUUGACUUGCAAACAGAAAAAUCCGACUUGAUUGACAAUGUUGGAGCCAUACCUUUCCUGGAUUACAAGCACUUUGCCUCAAAAAUCUUCUUUCCUGAGGCUGGUCCUCUGUCAACAGUCAUGAUCAGAGACAUUGGAGAGGACUCUGCGCAGACAACUGUUGAUGAAAAAUGUGAGGCUUUUGCGGUGCUGAUCAGAGAUAAGCAGUUUCUCAGUUGUUUUGUGCAUGCAUUAGAGGAACAGAAAAACUUCAGCAUAAAAGACAAAUGUACAGUGGCGUCUCUGUUGACUCUGGCCCUCCAUGGAGACCUGGUUUAUCUCACAGAGGUAAUGGAGGACCUUCUGCAGACUCUGAUGGACCAGUCCAGUAAUGCGAAUCCAAAACUUCUCCUGCGCCGCACAGAGUCCAUAGUGGAGAAGCUUCUUACCAACUGGAUGUCCAUCUGUCUGUAUGGCUUCCUCAGGGAAUCAGUAGGACAGCCUCUCUUUCUGUUGGUGUCAGCUCUGACUCAACAGAUCUCUAAAGGGCCGGUGGAUUCAGUGACAGAGAAAGCUCUAUACACCCUUAGCGAGGACUGGCUUCUCUGCCAAGCGCAGGACUUUGAGGCCCUGAAACUGAAGGUGGUGUUUGCUGUGGGGACUGGAGGAGAAGUCAGUGAACCCUUAGAGGUCAACGCACUGACCUGUGACACAGUACAGCAGGUCAAGGAGAAAAUCUUACAGACCUUUCAGCGCAAGUUUGGUUUCCCCUACACACAGCAGUUCAGGGAUAUAGAAAUCGAAUAUGAGAAGGAAGGAAAGUUUGUCAUGCUACAGGAAGUCGACGAGACCUCAGAGAUUCGAGGGCAUGUUACCAUGUUGAAUACUCUAAAACAUUAUCAGGUUGGUGAUGGAGCAUGCAUUAAAGUGAUCACAACAAGAGUGCAUGCCCCAUUGAGGUCUCAGAACAGUGUGAAGGAUGACGUGAACUUCUCUAUCAAGUACUUCCAUAUGGUCGAUCCAGAUGUCGAAACAGACCUGAGCAAACAUCCCGAGAAAAAAGCAUUAAAAUUCAAAGAGAUGUACCUCACCAAGCUGCUCUCCACCAAGGUGGCAGUCCAUUCUUUUGUUGAGACCCUUUUCAAGAGCAUCUGGGGACUGCCCAACAGCAGGGCACCAAUGGCUGUCAAGUAUUUUUUCGACUUCCUGGAUGUACAAGCAGAGAGAAAAAAAAUCUCAGAUCCAGAUGUUCUCCACAUCUGGAAAACAAACAGCCUUCCACUUCGUUUCUGGGUGAAUAUCCUGAAGAACCCUGACUUUGUGUUCAGUGACAUGGUAAAGACGCCUCACCUGGACGGCUGUCUGUCCGUCAUCGCUCAGGCUUUCAUGGACUCCUUCUCACUAACUGAGCAACACCUAGACAAGCAUUCACCAACCAAUAAGCUACUCUAUGCCAAAGAUAUCCCUCAGUACAAACAGGAAGUCAAGUCGUACUACAAGAUAGUGAAAGACCAGCCUUCUAUCAGCAGCCAAGAGUUGAAAUUAUUUCUUCAAGAUGAGUCAAAGAAACAUCAAAAUGAGUUCAAUGAAUCUGCAGCUCUGCGUGAACUCUACAAAUACAUGCUCCGCUACUUCAGUGAGGUUUCUCAGAAGCUGGAACAGACAGACGCCCCCGCUAGGCUGAUAGAGGACAUGCACAAAGUUAAGGAGCUUUUUGACAACAUGAAACGAAGUGGUUGGAGCUGAAAUUGGUAUUCACACUGCAUCAUGUUUGUUUUUAAGCUGGUCAUUAAACUGAAAGCAUCUCCCUCAUAGAGACUGGCAUCAUCAUCUGUCAUAUAUUAGGAAAGACAGAUUCACUUCUGUCUAUUGGACACUUUGGGACCAAGUGAAUGUAAUGUAUGUUGAUGAACUAGACUUUUAAGGUCCAAAGCUGUCCCUUUGGCAGUACCCUAAGGUACAAAAGCUAAAAGAUACUAUUAUGUACACUUAAAGUACUUAUA